CCGGUGUGCUAUACCUGCGUGACUGGCCGUUGUAACCGACAUUGCAAAGUCAAGCCUCGACAUGGAAGAUCCAGUUGACUCGUGUCGAGGAUUUCCGCCCCAUUCCUCAGAAAAGCUUCAAAUAAUCUGCAGGCCUUUCGGAAGUCUAACCUACCCGCAUCUGCUUCCCCCUCGGGGAUCUAUUUUAUCACCCUUUUAUCUAAGCUGCAGCUGAAGCAUGCCGCGUGUCCGAGACAUAGCAAAGUAUCAUACACUAAGGGAUCUUUAGUGGGAGAUCAUUACAUGCUAAUCGCGAUAAUGGGUUGCCUUCCUUUUAACCUCAGGUGCCUUCAACGUUGCUGCAAGUAAUGUUGCGCCCUUACAGGAUACCCAGGGGUCAGGUGAGAGUUCAUGCUAUGGUAUACCUUCUGAAUCAGUGUUUCUUAUCUCGCAUGACCAUAUGUUCUCCCGGCGAGGUAGAUCAUGGUGAAAUCCGAACCUUGCGCGUUGAAGUAUGUCUACAGACAGACAUGCAAUUGGAAGCCAACGACAAGUGUCAGCGGUAUAGACUUCAAGAAUGCCAGCCGAGAUACGCCGAUCGCUUUGACGCCAGGACAGGACUGGGGGGUGACGCGGGUGACGUUGCCACUAGGGGAGGAUGUCUCCGUAUCCACUGGGCAGUCAAGUUUCACUCAGGUAUACAGUCUGUCCUUUUAUGUAAUAUGGCUCUCUCUACAGGGGGCUUGAUGCUUAAAUUUUCAGAACUUGGAAGCGUCAAUCACCUCCCGAAUGUAGCAAUUAUGGGCCUGAGGCUUCCCCCGGAGUUUUGCCGAUGGCAUAGGAGUAGGCGGCUUAAACAUGACGAUUUGUAGGAACCCAAACCCUUCACUCACAUACCCCAAAAGUUGAACAAUACGUUCAGCGAAUACAGAGCAUUGGAUCGGACAGUGUACUCAUGUUGCCAAUCACGACGCACCGAGUCCGGUAUAGGGUUUGCUUUUGCACCGCA